AGUUCAAGUAAAUUAAAAAAAAAAAAAAAAAAUGAAGCCUGUCGAAAUCGAAUAAAACUCAGUGUAAAUGUUCUCUUAUCGAUAAAAUCAUCAACAUGUUAUCGGGAUACUCAAAGUCGGAGUUUCUGCCGUUUUUCUCGAAAUACGGCCACUACGUGUUCGCGAUCAUCGUCGUCGGCGUAUCCGUCAGUUUUUUCGUCCAAUUGUUGAUCGACAAAACCAAACGCCGAUCCAGCAAAGGUUCGCAGCUCUACUCUGCGAACAAAUCGCUGGAACUCGCGCCGGAUGAAGAAUUCGCCGAGACCGAGGAAGAAACGAAGGAAGAGGAGGACGGGCCGUAUCUACCGCGAGACUUGAAACACGUGAAAUACGUUUACGCGAGGCCGAGCGUCGACGAGAUGAUCGAAAAGUCGGCGGAGUUCUACGCCAUCGCGAACGCUCGACGGACCCUGCGAUUUUUCAGCUCCGAGCCCGUUCCCCGACAAGUCGUUCGCAAUAUCGUGAAAGCUGCCGGCACAGCACCGAGUGGCGCUCACACCGAGCCCUGGACGUUCUGCGUCGUGUCCAACGACGAGCUCAAACGUCAAAUUCGCGAGAUCGUCGAGCGCGAGGAGGAGAUCAAUUACAAGAAGCGCAUGGGCAAGAGAUGGACGGCCGAUCUGAAGCCCCUGCGCACGGAUUGGCACAAGGACUACCUGACCGAGGCGCCUUACCUGAUUCUCGCGUUCAAGCAGGAGUACGGACGCCUACCGAACGGCGGGAAAAAGAUACACUACUACAAGGAUAUGAGCGUCGCCAUCGCCUGCGGCAUACUGAUAACGGCCAUACAGUACUGCGGACUCGUGACGCUGACGUCAACGCCGCUUAACUGCGGACCGGCUCUGAGGCAGCUGCUCGGCCGACCGGCCAACGAGAAGCUCGCCCUGUUGCUGCCAAUUGGGUAUCCGGCCGAGGACGCGACGGUUCCCGAUUUACAACGCAAGCAGCUCGACGACAUUCUCGUCGAGUUCGAGUAGGAGGGCAU